GUCCAGAUCCUUCACAAUUCUCUCAUUUUACCCCCAGCUCUGGUACUGAGAUCUGGCAUUAAAAGCAGCACAGUGCAGCAACAGUGUGUGGGCCAGGAAAACAGGAAUUGGUCUCCAAAUGGACAUUGAAGUGCCAAGUGUGCCCUGGGAAUGCUGGUACAGGACAGUGUGUGUCACUCAUCCCAGCCUGGAAGGCUGCAAUAGAUGAGAAUUCAGUAUUUGUAUAUCAUGCAUGAAAAAAGACAGGGGAAGUUUUAUCAUUCAUGAAUAACAAGGAUUGAUUCACUGAAUCAAAAAUGGUUUUCAUCUGCAAAUAAGAUAAUUUCAUUCAGGAGAGUGAUUGUGCUACAAUUUUACAACAGGAUUGAGAGCCUUUUUUAUUGAUCAUUUCAAAUCAAUUGUGUUGUUGCAUACAAAUUGGUACAAAACCACCCAAUCACAUUUAUGACUCUUCUACAUCAGUACACGUGGAAUGUUGAUCUAUAUCAUAGCAUAUUUGUUUAAUCAGACUAAUAUUUCAUCUGCCUCAUUGGAGUGAUAAUGUGAUGAGAAAAAACUCAAAUUACUGAAAAUGAUCAACCCAUUCACUUCUGUUCAAACAGCCAGCUGAGGGAUUUAGUCUUUUUUAAGCCACACAGAGAUUCAUUCUCUUUUUCUAAGCAUUAGAUUUUGCAGAAAGAAAAGAAAACCUCCUUUUUUGGGCAAAACCAUCUUUGGCACCACAGAAUCCACUUGCAAGUUUGAACUUUCUGUCCUUGAGGAGAGCUGGUAGAAUUGGCUACAGAAAUCACUUUGCUUCCAUGGGCUUUUUGCAUCCUCUGCUUCAUUUGCCUUUCUAAGGAUUCAGCAUAGAAGAUCUUGCUUUCUCCAAGUCAGAUAAUCAUCCCAAAAUCCCAAGGAAAUGGACUUCCCUGGCUGUACCUCAGUAAGGAGAGCGAAUGGAACUGUGAUCCACCUCAGGAAGACAGAGUUUAACAGUUCCUCAAAUUUGGAUGACACAACUUUGCUCCUUUUGCUGGAGGAAUGGUCUCUCACCCCAUCAGGCACGAACACAAAGAUGUUUUUAAUCUCUCCAGUUGUCUGCCUCUUGGCAGGUGUCCUCAUCAUCCCUACCAUCCUGUUUGUGAUCUUCUCUCGGUUUAAAAUCCGCCAGGAAACAAGGUACAUGCUGCUGGGAAACGCUCUGCUCUCUGAUCUGAUCUACCUGCUGUUCUACACCCUGUCAGCUGCUCUCAACACAGCACAUCUACACCUCCCGAAGGAAGCUUGUGUCCUCCUCUUGUUUUUGCUGGCAGUGGCUUACUGUGGAGGACUGUUCACAGCUGUCGCAAUAGUCUUGGACACGUACAUCGCGGUUUUGUUUCCUUUGCGCUACAUCGCUAUUCUGCCUCCUUCACGAACUAAAAAAAUCAUUGUAUUGCUGUGGAUGUGUUCUGGAGCUUUCCCUGGCAUUUUCUUCUUGGUGCUCUGGACUACACACAGCUUUGUGCCCUGUGUCAUGGAAACGUGCUCAGUUCCAGUGAUACUAAUAUUAACUCUGAAUCGGACUGAUGCUGUGAAACUCUGUUUCUGGCUUUCUACCACAGUUAUCAUUCUCUGCCUGUCUGUAAUAUUUUGUUGCUAUGCUAUUCUGUAUUUUAAAACCAAACACUCAGGUAUUUGGGAGAGCAUCUGCUCCAGAGCCAGUGUAACAUUCUUAAUGCACAACACUGUGUUAUUUUUUUACUUCUUUCCACUCCUGGCUCUUUUUGUAGAAUCAUUCUUGUGCGUUAAUGUUGUCAUCAGACUGCAGACAGGAAUCUUGAUCUCCCUGACGGUCUGCAACGUCCUCAUGAUUCUUCCUAAAGUUUUGUUCCCUUUUCUGUAUGGGCUUCGAUACAGAGAGAUCUCAGCCUCUCUCAAAUCCAUCGUCAGGAGGAAGCAGCUUCGCCUGGUGUCACCUGCUCCACCACCAUCCUGAGACAGAGCACAGUGACAGCAGAGGAGCUGUCCUCACCUUGUUAUUGUGCAAGACUGAUGGAAACCACCCAGCUUCUGAGGUGGGCAAGCGAUCAACACAUGGUAAGAAGACAUGGGCUCAUCACUGCCUUCUUCGUGCCAGAAGGCCACAGAUCUUUCAUCACAACAGCUGAGAAUAUAGUGAAUGCUACCCUGGCUGAACUUCCAUGCUUUGUUCUGAUGUGAAAGGCAGAACCUUCUGGAGAAGAUAUUGAAUUAAGGUUAUUUUCACCCACCUGUCGCAGAUGCCUUUCUGGAAAAAAAAGAAAAUUAAAAAUAGAUAAUGCAAAGCAAAGGAGUAACCACAAGUCUUGUGACAGCACCACCUACAGCAGAGGAUCCUUAACCAAAUGUGCUGUGAAAACAACAACCAUUUUGUUUUCACACAGUAUAUUCUUGCAAGCUUGGCAGUGAAAACAUGCUCUGAGAGGUGCCUCUGGAAACUGCUGCACUCGGUGAAACACUCCUGCAGUGUGCUGGUGUAUUCACUGCCUCAUGGAUUCCAUCUGACAAUCUGCAAAACACUGAUGCUUUGAUAAAAUCUCCACCUGAUGGGAAACCACCUUAGAGCAGUGUCUGCUGGGCAGCCAGCACAUGGCCCUGCUGGGCAUUAGAGAGGUGGAUGUGCUGCUGGGUGAGGGAGGACUGGGGCAGCAGGGCAGGAGCAGAGAGGUGCCAGCCUGGGCACAGGGGUACCCACACCGUGGCUCAGACAGGACCCAGGGCAAGGCACUAAGUGUGAGCACCAUUUCUGAGUCUCUGCUGAGGCAGCUCCCAGUUCUGCCUCACAAAAAUCUUCUCCAGCAGCCUGAUCUCAGUUCACAGCUGUACCGUGUCAGGGCUGCUGCUGGCUACCUGCCACCAAAGCCCUGGGAAGGUGAGGAGGAGAGGCUGCAGAGCUGGUUGGUGUACCAGGGCAAGAAAAAUGGGCAAGAAAAAUGAGAUCUUGUAAGAGACUUUUAGGUCUUCCAGAUCAGCCACCUACCUAUAGAAGACAAGUGAAAUAUGUAUCUGACCUUUGAAGAAAGCAAAAUGUCAUUAGAUAUAAACACCAGUGCAAGAAAUUUAAACUGCUAUUCUGUCCCUUGGACUAGAGAAAAGAAUUCUGUAUUUCUAAAGAUAAUAUUUUUAGAAAUUGUUACAUUUUAUGUAAAAAUACAUUGGAUUUUUUAAAAAGGUCCUUGAUUUCACUCUGUGCAAUAUUUUCCUUGUGCAGACUCUCUCCACCUUGUGUUUGCUUAAAGCAAUACACAGAAAGUGCUGAAUGUGGCUUUUGGCUAUUUCACACUCAUCUGAAGAAUUCCACCAAGUGUGAGCCAGGAAAAGAUCAGUGUCUGGUUGCAUGAAAUGUUUUUGGCAACAAAAUGAGUUUGAACAGUUCCUGCUGAUCUUCUCUCCUCAUUCCCAAACUGUUUGUUACUCUUCUCACAUUGCAGUGUCCACUCUCUCCUGUUUGCUGAUGCAACUGCUUCUGGGGUUGCAGGUUAAAAAUACCUCUUCAAAGAGAAGUGGUGUUUUCAUUUGAACUGAGAUUAUCCCAGUGAUCUGUUUUAUAGGAUGUUCUGAAAACAGCUGCAUCAGCACCACUGAGGGUGUAACAAAUCCCAGUUCAGAGGUGGAGGGGGAUGAAUCGCGAUGUCUUAGAGGCUUUGCUGCCAAGGGACACUUCUUGAGUGAGAAGUAUCUCUAAGGUGAAAUUGUUGCAAGUGAAGGAACUGUAAUAUUGCCUAUUUGCUUUAACCAUGGUCCUGUGCUUCUCAA